AAAUCUCUUCCUCCUUUUUUAUUUCCUUUCUGAACGAAGCUCUCUCUCUGAUUGGCCGGAUCUGCCGGAGAGAAAAAUGACGACGAGUAUUCACAUCACAGCUCUCGACGGAAUCGUCAACGUGAACUCACUCUUCACACUCGCCGUAUUCAUCGGAUUAGCUUGGAACCCUACCGAUCCAGACAACAGCCUCGUAACCGACCCUAAUUGCGUCCCCACAGCUCGUAUGGCUGAGAAUCUCGUCGCCUUCCAUGUGUACUCUUUCGCAUCAUUCCUAUUCUCAAGUCUCAUCGCUCUAGGUCUCAAACAAGCAAUGAGGCUCAACAUAGCUUCUUCGUUUCACAUCUCUACUCGAAUCGAUCCUGUGGUUUACUAUGUGAACAAGACGGCUCUUAGAUUUGGGAUGGUUACAUCCGGUUUGGGAUCGGUUUGUGGAUGUGGGUUUCUCAUGUUGGCUUUGAUUAAUGUUGUUCAGAUCAAGCUUGGGACUUUGGGCUGUGGUGCUAGUGGUCAUACUUAUGCAGCUGUUGUGCCGCUUGUGAUUCUGGUUCCUUCUGCACUUUUCAUCUAUGUUUCUCUUAUGUUAUAUGCUUUUACUCGUUAGAGACAUGGUUUUUGAUUCCAUGGUUGAUGCAAUUAGGGUUAUGUUUGUAUGAUGAUGAUAUGAUGGAAAUGAGAAUGAUUCUAUGUUUGAUAUGGUUCUUUGUAAAUCUCUUGGUUUGGCUUCUGAUUUAAGUUUAGUGUCUGAGUUUUUGGAUAGAUGAUAUUCUAGAUUUGAUUGGAGUUAGGCACUUAUGUGUGUUUUAUCAGGAAUAUUAACUGGUGGAUUCAUUCAAACUGAUUUGAUCCCAGGAAAUGGGUAUGAGAUUAUGCUGGAUUCUGAUGCCUGUUUGGUUUGAUCUCUUGGAUUAUUGAUAAAGCAGAGUCUACUUGGAAUCAUUCAUCAAAAAGAGACAACUUUUCUCUGUUCCUCAUUUGGAUAGAGUUUUUUCACUUGUUUAUAGUUUUGUGUCUUCUGACUAAGCUGAAUGAUUGAUUUCCUCUGUAUACUAUCCCAUUCCCACAUAUCUCGGGAACUGCUUUGUAUGCAUAAUUGUAUGAAAAAAUAGCUUUGAGGACUGGAGAAAAGGAACCUGAUAUAUCUAGAUCUCAUGAGGUGAUCAGUGAAUUUUCAGCUUAAAACUUGAAGGCUCAUAAAACCAUACUUUUGGAAGCUUUUUCUUUGGUUUAUGCUAUUACAUUUGUCAUGUAAAAA